AUGGCACCCAUGGCAAGACCACAGGCAAUCUUCCACAAGUCUUCAGGAUCCAAAGUAUCAUCACACGACAAUGACGACCUGGCUCGCGUGUUUGUCGGCCGCGGCGAGAAGAUGAAGGAGUUCCGGAUCAACAAGCAGAAGCUCAGCAACGCCGCCCCCUUCUUCGAAGACCAACUGGAUGCCACGCCAGCCGGCAUCGUCAAGGUGUCUUCCAACCAGACGCCAGUGCCGGUUUGGUUGCCUCAGCAAACAUCGACCAUACGCCUCCCAAACGAGUCCGCCUCCAUGUUCGAGCUCUUCGUCGUAUGGCUCCACCAGCCCGACGGCUUCCGCCGCCACCUAGACGAGAUGAUCACCCUCGUCAGCGACGUGCCGGGCGUCCCCUGCCAGCGUCUGCACUGGGCUCUCGUCCGGCUUCACGUCUUCGCCGCCAGGCUCGACCUGCACCACCUGCAGGACCUGGCCAUUGACGCACUGCAAGACAUCUACCUCCGUUGCGACUGGGACGUCACCCCCCGAUUCGUCCAGUUCGUGUAUGGUCAGUGUGACGCUGAGGCGUCGAUGCGGCUCCGGAGGUGGACGGUGGCCAUGGUCUCUUGGUCGGUCGCGGGAGGGUCCUCGUCCAUCAGGGAGGACGGCGGGCUCGAGAGGUUCCAGGACAUGUUUGAGCGGUUCCCCGAGUUCGCGACCGAGUACACGUCGCACCUGCGCAAGAUGAAGUCGAGCAAGCUGGACACGCGCAUCAAGAACCCGCAGCUGCGGAUCCCGGCGAAUAAGCUGCGCAACGAGGAGAGGCAGUUUGGGUUCCGGCAGUGUUCGUUCCAUAGCCAUCGCGCGGCCGUCGGCGAGCGCCGGUGUCCCCAUACGACGGCCAGUAGGGAGCUGGACAACUUCCUCCUGGUGCCGCUGGUCAUGGAGAUCGCGCCUGAGCCGAGUCGCAGCCGUUCCCGUUCCCAUCGAGAGAUGCCACAGCACCUGCGGCAGAAGAGGAUGGCGCACGCGGCGCGGGCUUAUUGAAGGAGUGUGCGGCGUCGGCAUCGAAUACCAGUGGGACGGACGAAUAUCCGUCCACCUGGCUCGGCCAUUCCAACGGCAACAACACCAAACACAAAUCCCGAAAAGAUGGCCAAAUCCUACAUGUUCAUAUCUUCACUCGUCCCUCUCUUUCCAUGUGUCUCAGAGGUCUUCCGACUCGGGUCUCCUGGGGGCCGGGCACCCGGUGGCCAAGAAGACGCCAAAGCCGUCCUUGGGCUUGGAGGCCUGGCGGAAGGCGACGCGGCUGCGGCCGCGGUCGGUCAGCUCAAAAACGAAGCUGCCGCUGCCGUCGCACGGGCCGAGGUCGAUGGACUGGGUACCUGGGCGGACGUGGAGGGUGGUGAGGAGGUUCUGCUUCCGGCGGACGGUGUCGUCGGCCUCGUGGGACGGGACGCGGAAGACGCGCAUGGCGGUGACGCCCUCGCGCUGGAUCAGCUCCCAGCUCUCGGAGUCCUCGGGCAUGGAGAAGAGGAGCCUGCACUCGGUGGGCUCCUGGCCCUGGACGCCGCCAAAGGUGACGAGCUGCGCGACCCUGUUGGCUUUAUUUCCUAUGCCACGUCUGAGUAUCUUUGUCUCCUUUGUUUGGGGAGAAGGAAGAAGAGGGGAAGCAUUGGGGCCGGGGGCUUUCCAGUUUCUUACCGGAGGCGUCAAUGUCCUGGUUGACGUAGAAGAAGGCGGACGGGUCCUCCUGCUCAAAGGGUUGAUCUUGCAAGAGCCAAGUCAGGGACGCCGGCGCGUCGACGAGGGCGCAGUCGGCCGUCGAGAGGUGUUGCCGUUCGGCGGAGGAAGAGGCGGGCGAGGCUCGACCGAGGGCGGAUCCGGUGAUGGACAAGACGUGGGCGAGGACGACGCUUAGACGAGCCAUUUCUUCUUUUCUGAGGGUUUAUGGGCGUGAUUAUGUAGUUCAAUUAUGCUAGAGGAAUGGGCUUCUGGGUCUGCCUGGCAGUCUCUUUCCAAUUAAACACUAGAUGAUGUUUGCUGGGAUAUGCUCGAUUCGGUUCUAUUACUUUCAGUGACGUUGACCGGGCUGCCCUUUUUUUUUUCUCUUUCGGAAUCGGUGAAUUGGAGGUGUUUGGUUUGGGGAGGGUGGGAGCUUGGUGUUUGGUCUGGACGUCGACGACGGACGGUCGGUCCAAUAGGAUAUGAGAUUAUGGACGGUAGGGACGUUUAGUGUCGGGCAUAUUAUAUGGGGAAACACAAUGGGGAGGGGACGUUUGUCCAAGAUGUUGGAGGAAAUGCACGAGAGACAGAGAGAGAGAGAGAGAGAGAGAGCGGGAAGAGGGGGAUCAGAAACAGCAAAGGGGACGAAACGAAACGAAGCGGGUGGUGGUGGUGGUGGUGCGGUCUGACACGAUAUUAUACCUUGAGGAGGGGAAG